AAAAUUUCAUAUUGUGUGAAAUUUUACCAAUUUGUUAACAUUGGUAGGCCUCAAAGCAUAUGGGCCUACAUUAUUAACAUUUUGCAUGCUGCACAUGCCUUCUUAAAGAACUAGUUGUCAAUAAGCAAAGCAGCCAUGAGCCUAAAAAUUGAUUCAGACCCUCUUCUUCUAUCUAAGUCUUCUCCAUCCAUCUGAUUUCAGGUUUGGAUUUCAUCAAAGCACAGAUCAAGUUUCUUUCAGCUAGUUGUAUCAUAGGGACCUCAGGUUUCUCCAAAUCUUUUUUAAGUAUUUUGUCUGCAGAGAACUUGUUCCUCUAGAUUCUCCUGAGAUUAAUUUUCUUUUCUGUUCCUAGUGUAGGGUCUUUUUCAUAUUGUUUUUGUAGUUUUGUGCUUCUUGUCCAGUUUGUUCCAAUCCCAUUGAGAAAAGAACUCCUCUUUAGUCAUUUUCUCUUCUUUUUGUUUUUGUCCUGCACAAGUUCUCUUUUAGACUAAAAGAACAGCCAUUCCAUGUCUAUGAUUACUUUAACUACAGCUUGCAAUCCCAGCCUCUCACAAACUUUGCCCUUUGGAAACAAAAACAAUAACAACCUCCGGGAUGCCUCAUUUUCUUCGUAUCUGAACGGCUCAGAGGAAAUCUUUAUUCGUAAACUUGCUGAGUCAAGUGGAAGCCUCGUGCCUGUCAUUACCACUGAAGAGCAACAAACUCAAAUGGGAACAAAAAAGGAAGAUGAAGAAGAAAUUGGAGUAUUUGGUGCUGAGAAGUACUUCAAUGGAGUAAUGGAUGAUGAAAGUGCAUCAACUGCUAGCAUGAGUAGUGCAAGGAAGUACCAACACAAGAAAGAAGAAGGAGAUGAGAUAGGCACCAGGAAGUACAAAGUUCAGCCUCAAACUCCGAGUGUUCAUUCUGAAUCAAGUUGGAAUAGCCAAAGCGCAUUAUUGCAGGUUGGUUUAAAAAACCCUUCAAGGACUAAGGCAGAGAAGGUACGCAGAAAAAGAAUUCUUGCUAUUCUUUGCAAAUGCUCUGAUAAAGAUGCUGUUGAAAUUAGAGAACAAGUUGGUGAAAUCAGUUUCAACAAAAGUGCUACCCCUAGUGUAGUACAAGGAAAAGCAAAUAAAAGAGAGCCUAGGAAAACAGAAUUAGAACUUGUUGAUGCAGUUCAAGUACAUACUCCUCACCUGGACAACAAGGUCGAGGAGGAGAUGCACUCCCAUGAAUUGGACGAGUUGGGAAUUGGGUUGAACAGAGAAAACUGUUUUACUUUCCCAACUUUAAAUUCUGGUGUGGGAACUAUGCCUAUUAAAUGUCAGGUUCAAGAAGAGCUAGAGAAAAUACCACGAAAGUCACUAGAAGUGUUUGGCUCGCCUGUGUUGGAAAGGAGAAACAAGUCUUUAAGCCUUGAGAGGAGGCUAACAAUGUUGUCUUGGGAUGCUGCCCCAAGAGUGGAGGAUCAUGAAUUUUCUGUACCGUCUGGUGUAAACUACAAUGAUACUGAGAGUGAUGCAAGUUCAGACUUGUUUGAGAUAGAGAGCCUCACAGGCAAAGCCAACCCUUUUCUUGCAAGGCAAGCAUCAGAUGCCACUUCUGGCUGUGUCACCCCAACAACUUGUUAUGCACCAAGUGAGGCAAGUAUAGAGUGGAGUGUAGUCACUGCUAGUGCUGCAGAUGUGUCAGUAAUGUCUGAUUGUGAAGAGCUAAGGCCAACAAAAACUGUUUCAUCAGCAAUUAUUGAUGCCAAAACUAAGACUAACAAAGAGAUACAGAAGCGGCGUUCAGGCAUUUUGUUGGGUUGUAAGAGUCACAAAGCUGUGAGAGUUGCAGGAGAUGCCUACAAAACGAUUGAGAAGGCAAAUGUUUACCCACAAAUGCAACGCAGCUUGGAUUCCUUCACACCAGUGACAAGGUUUCAAGCUGAGACCAAGCUAACAGGUUUCAAUUCCAGUGUUGCCAUUGCCACACGCACACGCUCACACUCACUCCCUCGGCCACAGUCACCUCAUGCUACAAAUGUUUUGCACAUUUAGUAAUCUAAACUUUCUUUGUAGAAGUAUGCUUCAGUUCUAUAAUCUGUAUUGAGUAUGAUGUAAGGUUUAUCUCACAAUUUUUCUUCUUUAGUGAAUCUGACAAGGUGCUCUAUGAGCCGUAUAUCUUUUCUGUCAUUAGAAAGUUCACAGUCCAAAAGGAAUAAAGAGAGCAUCCAGGGAUUAAGGCCACCUCAAAAAGCAAUAUAUACCUACAUUCCUCUGUUUCAUUAUC